AUGAAAAUAGUCAGUAAACAAACAGAUCAGCACUGAGUGAACAUCCACGUUUGGGGUUUACACAUAACUACUACAUUUAAAUAGCUCCUACCAGGGGACGGUUUUUUUAAAUACAAGCAACCGUUGAUUUUAGAGGACUCGUGUUAAUUUCAAUCAUGAGGAUACAUAUUUUCUUUGGUUUAGCAGCCCUUAUGGUCGCUUGCUCUGGUGAAUCAGUAGAAGUACCAAAAGACCAAGAACCGCAACAAUCACAAGUCAAUCAAGUAAACGCUGUAGAUCACCAAUCCAACAAACGCAGCGCUGGUGAAGAAUUGAAUUCUAACGAUUAUAUCAACGAAGCCGAGCCGUACGGCCCAUCGGCUAUCGCCGCCGCUCCAGUUGCCGCCCCAGUUGCCGCUCCAGUUGCCGUUUCCGCUGCAGGAUACGCCAAUGUAGCACCUGCCGCUAUUGGAAUCGCUGCCGCUGCCGCUCCAGCUGCUUUACCUACUGGAUACGCUUCAGCCUACGGUCCAGCAUAUGGAGUUGCUUAUGGUUCAGCUUAUGGCCAAGCAUACAACCCAAUUUAUGCUCAGGCUUAUGGACCAGAACAAUUGGUGUCCACCCACACAGAAGUCCAACGUCCUGUACCUGUACCAGUAUAUAGAACUGUAGCUGUUGGAGUACCACAUCCAGUGCCAGUAAAAGUACCUUACCCCGUACCAGUAAUUAAGACCGUUGCUUAUCCCGUCGAAAAACCCGUUCCAUACCCUGUAGAAAAGCCAUAUCCAGUCACUGUUGAAAAGAAAGUUCCAGUUCCAGUGACAGUAACCAAACCCAUCUAUAUACCCGUUUAUAAGAUCAGAAAUAUUUACCACGAACCCAAAUGGUCCAAAUGGCUCAGCGACUGGUAGUUAAGGAAACCAAUAAUUGUUAAAUAAAAAAAAAUUGUUAAAUAAUGUUGUUAAGAUAUAAUGUAAAUAGUUAUAAUUAUACUUUUUUUAUAUUGAAAAUGUCUGAAAUUGUACAAUAAUACUUUGUAUUUUAAUUAACAAUUGUGUCUACUGGCCAUGUUGUAGUUUUAGUACAUGAAUCAAUUGGACUGAAGUUGACCACUUAAUAUUGUAAAAUAUUCUUCAAAAUGUAAUAUAAUAAUAUUUUGUUAUAUUUUUUGAAUAGUUAUCUAAUUAAAAACAAAUAAAUUAUAAGUUUAUAAAUGAAAA